AUGCAAUUUCUGUGUCUUCCCGGUGCGUUCGGAAGUGCCAAGAACUUCCGGGUGCAGCUGGGCCCGCUGGCCCAGGAAAUCGAACGGCGGGGGCUCGCAUCCUUCGUUUACACCCAGGGGAGGCACGAGGUCGAACCGCCCAAGGGCUGGGAGAAUUACUUCGGUGCCCGCCCGUGCUACCGCUUCAUCGACACGCGCCACGGCGACGUCUUCGACCACCUGCGACGCAUCAUCCAGAUGCCCCGCGGUCUCGACGCCGAGGACGCGAUGCGCAUGUUCCAGAACCUGAGUACGGAUGAGUCGUGGCAAAAGGAGGUCCUGACCGAGGCGGUCGACGACGUGUUCAACACGAUCGACGAGAACCCGGAUGUCGACGCCAUCCUCGGCUACUCAGAAGGCGCCCUGAUCGGGGCCAGCUUGGUGGUGGAGGAGGCGAUGCGGGCUGAGAGGACCGGGAGGCCGCGGCGCAUCAAGUUCGCCGUCUUCAUCUCCGGAUCUCCCCCGUUCAAGCAGCUAGACGACGGUAGUGUCAUCUGCCUGCUGGCCGACGAGGUGGGAACUGCCAUCGACAUCCCGACUUUACACAUCUGGGGUUGCGACGACGCCUUCUUGACCAGCGCGGUGGCCUUGUUCAACGUCUGCGACCCGUCCAAAUCGGAGCUCUUCGACCACGGCUUGGGCCACAUCGUGCCCCGCGAUGCCGAGAAUAUCCGCCUCAUAUCUGACAUUCUCGAAGACAUGAUCCGCAAGGUUGAGGAGGAGAAUGGUCGAGGAGUGGAGACAUCCUCCAACGCGGGCUCGCUGACGGACGGAGACGGCCCUGCGGGCCUGUUUCCGCAGCUCGAGGACUAA